GUCGGCAGGGGUCGCUGUUUGGAUUUCUUGUUUGACUUCGUUUCCUGUUACGUCAGCUCUGCGUCACUGGGUGAGAGGUUAUGUUUCCCGGUUUGAAUAUGCUAACAACAACAACAUCAACAGGUUUCAUUGAAUGACUAAAGCCGAUUUGUAGUUUUUAAAAAUUUUGAAUGUUUUUGACAGUUCGUGAGUGAAGCGCGCGCAGCAGCUUCAGCUUAAGCAGGAUCACUGAGGACAGGUCGACCUGUAAGCAUGCAGUCGGGGCUGCUGAUUGGCUGGCAGCAGGAGAAGGCGGAGCUUAAGGGGGAGGUGUGUCGUCUGCAGGAGGAGCUGGCUGAGAGUCGGGCAGAGAGAGAGGAGCUGGAGUCCAGGAGCAGAGCUCUGAAUGACCGGCUGUGCCAGUCAGUGUCUCCCUCACUCGCCCUCUCUCUGCAGGUGGAGGGGGAUCAGAGGGAGUGGAAGAGGAAGGUGAGGGAGGGGAGAGAGAGGGAGGCCAGACAGGCUCUGCUCAUCCACCGCCUGCAGAACAAGGUGUGGGAGUACAGAGACCGAUGUCAACAUCUGGACGUCCAGCUGCAGGACAAUCGCACACAGCUGCUCAACACCGAGCGACGGAUCAGAGAUGAAUACAGUGACUCUCUGGAGAGCACCCUCAUCAGGCUGGAGGAGGAACAACAGAGGUCAGUCGGUCUGGCUGACACAAAUGCUCUCCUCCGAGAGCAGCUCAGCCAAUCAGAGCAGGCCAACCAGGCCCUGAGGGAGGACCUCCAGAAGCUGACAUCUGAUUGGACCAGAGCGGUGGAGGAGGCGGAGCGGAGAGAGGAUGAUUGGCGGAGGGAGAGAGAGUGUCGGUCAGGUCUUGAAGGCCAGCAUCAGGCUCGGUUGCUGUCAGUUUGGAGGACCGUGGUCGCUCUGAGGCGACACUGUCACACCGUUAAAACCGCCGCAGACAGGGAUCUGUGGCAGCUAAGGGCGGAGUUUUCUCGUCUCUCGUCCUCUCUCCUCUCCAGUUGGGACUCCGUCUCGUCCUCCCUGAGGCCCAGCGCUCCUCCCCAGGACUCCACCCUUACCCUCCCUCCCCUGUCCUCCACCCUGACCCUCCCUCCCCUGUCCUCCACCCUGACCCUCCCUCCCCAGGACUCCUCAGCGUCUCUGCCUCCUCUUAUCUCCUCUUCCACCCUGGGAAGCUUCUCUCUGGGAGACCUGGAGCACCGAGAGGAGGAGGAGGAUGAGGAGGAGGAGCAGGAGCAGGAGCAGGAGCGAGAGAUUUCAGAGUUGAAGCGUCUACACGAGAAAAAAGUUUCACAGCUGACAGAACGGAUAGCGGAGCUGUCUCUCUCUCUGCAGGCUGAGGACAGUCAGAGGGAGGAGAGAGAGAGGGAGGCCGAGAGACACAGAGACACAGAGAGGAGUCUUCAGUCUGUCAGUCAGGCUGUGGUCAAACUGUCCAGAGUCCUGAGCAGCAGCCGGUCUCUGUGCGUGUCCCCAGACAGCGUCCUCAGUCUGGAUCUGUCCUCUCUGCUGUCCGUCCUGUCUCUCACUGAGAGCGCACUGCAGAGGAGACAUGAGGAACUGCAGGGGGCGGAGCUCUCUGUGCGCCGGCUCAGCGAGGAGAAAACGACCGCGGAGCUCCGAGUUAAACAGCUGGAGGACGACAACCAGCUGCUGCACACACACUCCCAACACACACAGCUGGAGCUCACACACACUGUGGACUUACUGAGCAGGGAGCAGGAGGUGUCGUCCUCGCUGCGUCUGCAGCUGGAGGAGGUGCAGAAGAGAGAAGAGGAGGUGAAGAGAGAGAGAGAGCGGCUGAGGAGAGACAGAGACCGACAGGAGGAGAGAAACAGACACCUGGAGACUCAAACACUCAGACGAGUGGAGAGCGAACUGUUGGAGAACGUCCAGCUGACGGAGAGAGAAGCUCUGCACCGGAUGGAGAUCCACACUCUGAAGGGGGCGCUGGAGAGGCAGCAGUUGGACAGACAGAGAGCAGAAGACGAGGCUGCUGACGCCAGAGAUGCUCUGCAGAAGUCCAGGGAGAGUGUGUUGUGUCUCUCGUCCUCAGAGUGUGUGUUGAAGCGGGAGGUGGAGGAGCGACUCCACGCCCUGGAGAAGAUGGCCGCCCUGAACUCGUCUCUGGCGUCAGACAAGAGAGAGCUGAACAAACAGCUGCUGCAGCUGGAAUGUGAGCUGUCAGACAGCCAAUCCCAGCUGCAGGCUGUGAGGUCAGAGGUCAGCGCUCUGCAGAGGGAGAUUAAAACUGUGACCGUGGACCUCAGCCGGCUCAGAGCGCAGAGAGAGGAGGAGGCCGACGCUGUCCGUCAGCUGAGAGACAGAGAGACAGAGAUGGAGAGAGUGAUGGAGGAGAAGGAGAGACAGCUGGUGUCCCUGCUGGAGGAGAGAGGGAGAGACGGAGGACAGCUGAAGGAGCUGUCCUCCCAGCAUGCCUCUGUGUGCGUGCAGCUGCAGGAGGUGCAGCAGCAGCUGCAGGAGGCGCUGGAGGAGGUGAGGAUGAGGAGGCGCCAGCAGGAGGAGCAGCAGAGGGACAACAGGAAGCUGCAGGAGGACACAGACAGCCUGCAGAGACGCAGGGAGACGCUGGAGGACGAGCUGACCCAACUCAGAUGUGUGUUGGUGUCUCUGCAGCAGCAGCUCAGUCAGCAGCAGAAGACGCUCUCACAGUCGGAGGUGGACAGAUGCCAGCUGCACACACACAUUCACACUCUGCAGCAGGCCAAGGCAACGCUACAGGGCGAGAUUGAGUGUCUGAUGGGAGAGCUGGAGAGAGCGACGGCCCGGAGAGAAGACGAUAAAGAGAGCAGAGACCGGAGCGAGGAGGAGAAGGAGGAUCUGAGGAGGAAGGAGGAAGAGGAGAAGGAGGAGGCCUGGCAGAGUGAGAGAGAGGCUCUGAGCCAGGAGUUGGGGAUGAGAGACGGAGAGGUGGAGGCGCUCCGGAGGCGUUUAGACGCCCUGAUGGAGGAGGACGGGGAGAGACAGAGGGAGGUGGAGAGGCUGAGGGAGGAGGUGACGCAGAGGGAGGCGCGUAUCGGCCACAUGAUGGAGAGAAUACAGCGGGCGGAGGGAGAGAAGGAGAGACUUGAGGAGGAGACGAAGAGACUGAGAACAAAAAGCCCUGAAGUAGAGGAAGAGAGGAGAGAGGAGAGACUGCGAGAGGAAGAAGACGAGGAGGAGAGGAGAGAAAAGGAGAGACUGCGAGAGGAAGAAGAUGGGAGGAGGAGAAGAAGGGAAGAGGAGGGAGCCAGAUGGAGGGAGAGGGUGGAAGGGCAGGAGGAGGUAAUGAAGAAACUGAGAAAAGAAGUUUUCGACCUGGGAGAAGAGAAGAGAGAGAGGGAGCAACUGAGAGAGGAGGAGGCGAAGAGGACGGAGGAGGAGACGGAGGCGCUCUGCGACCGGAUGGAGAGAUUAGAAAGAGAAAAGGAGGAGCGGGAGGAGGAGGUGAAGAGAUGGAGGGGGAGGGUGGAGGAGCUGGAGGACGAGAUAAAGAAACUAAGAAGAGAAACUUCUGAACUAGAAGAGAAAAUGAAAAGGAGGGAAAGCCUGCGAGAUGGAGGAAAGGAGGAGAGGAGGAGAAGGGAGGAGGAGAGGACGGAGGAGAGGAGGAGAAGGGAGGAGGAGAGGACGGAGGAGACGGAGAAGCUCUGCAACCGGAUAGAGGGAUUAGAAAAGGAGAAAGAAGAACUGCAGGCGGAGACUACAAGACUGAGAAAAGAAAGGUCUGAACUGGAAGAAGAGAGGAGCGAGAUGGAGAGGCUGAGGGAGGAGGAGGUGAAGAGGACGGAGGAGGAGACGGAGAAGCUCUGCGACCGGAUAGAGAGAUUAGAAAGAGAGAAAAAAGAACUGCAGGAAGAAAUAAAGAAACUGAGAAAAGAGACCUCCGAACUCUUCGAAGAGAGGAGAGAUAAGGAGAGACUGAAGGAGGAAGAAGAAGAGGAGGAGGAGAGGAGGAAUAGCGAGGAGGAGGCUGGGGAGGCGGAGCUACUGCGUGUCUGUCUGAGCGUGGCGAGGGAGGAGUGCUCUGAGAUGAAGCAGGAGGUGCAGCGGAGGGAGGAGCAGCUGGAGCGCCAGAUGGGCGCCGUGAGGCAGCGGGAGGAGGAGGUGGAGCAGCUGAAGGAGGCUCUGCGGCAGGCGGAGGAGGCGCUGCACGAGGCUGAACGGGAGCAGCAGGAGGCACGGGUCGCCCUGGAGCAGGAGGAGGCGCGGGAGGAGCAGAUGGAGGCGCUGCUCAGAGAAACACAGCAGCUCCUGCAGGAAGAGAGGAGCCAUCAGGGAGAAAGAGAGCUCACGCUCUCCACACAGGCACGGGCGCUGCAUGAGGCGCGGGCGGAGAGCGAGGGAGCGAGGAGGAGAGCCAGAGAGAGGGAGGAGGCGUGCGAGCGGCUGGAGGAGGAGGUGAAGGAGUGGAGGAAGGCGGCAGAGCGGAGCGACAGGGAGGCGGCCAGGCUGAACCUCCUCCUGAAGGAGACACAGGAAGAAACGCAGCAGCUGAGAGCCGCGCUGGAGGAGAGGGAGGAGACGGAGGAGGAGCAUGGGAGAGACAGGGAGGCAGCCAGGAGGAGGAGCCUGAGGCUGGAGGAGAAGCUGACUGAGGCGGAGGAGGAGAAGAGGAGGCUGCAGGAGAGAGUGAGAGAGGUGGAGGAAGAGCUUCUGAAGAGAAGAGAAGAUGUGACGUCUCUCAGAGAGCAGGUGCAGAAGGAGCGGAGCAGGAGGCAGGAGGAGGUGUCUGCUCUCAGGGAGGAGGUGCAGAGGGAGAGGGAGGAAGCGCAGGUGGUGCUGAGGAGGACGAGAGAGGAGGUGUCUGCUCUCAGGGAGGAGAGAGAGAGAGAACAAACGGAGAGAGAGGAGAUACAGGAGGAGCUGGCGGCUAUAAAGGAGGAGGCGCAGAGGAGAGGGGGGGAGGCUCAGGAGGAGGGGAGGGAGAGGGGGGAGUUACAGGAGGAGGUGCAGAAGGAAAAGAAGGAAAAUGAGCGGCUACAGGAGACGUUAAGGAAGACAGAAAAUGAGAUAAAAUCUCUCAGAGAGGAAGUGAAAAAGCAACAAAAGGAGACGAAGGAGGCGCAGGAGGAGCUGACAGCCCUAAAGGAGGAGGUGCAGAGGGAGCAGACGAGGAGCAACAGCGAUGGGGAGGAGUCUGCUCUCAGAGAGGAGGUGCAGAAGGAAAAGAAGGAGAAGGAGCAGCUACAGGAGACGUUAAUGAAGACAGAGACAGAGGUGAAAUUUCUCCGAGAGGAAGUGAGAAAGCAACAAAGGGAGACGGAGGAGGCGCAGGAAGAGCUGAGGAGAACCAAUAGAGACGGGGAGGUGUCUACACUUAGAGAGGAGGAGUUGAGGAGGUCCGAGAAGGAGGUGAUGGCUCUAAAAGAGGAGGUGAAAAAGCAACAAUGGGAGACGACCAAGGCGCAGGAAGAGCUCUAUGAAAGGAGAGAAAGUCUCAGAAAGGAGGUGCAAGAGGAGCAGAGGAGGAGGGAGGAGAUACAGGAGGAGCUGAGGAGGGCUGAGAAUGAGUUAACGGGCGCCAGAGAGGAGGUGCAGAAGGAAAAGAAGGAGAAGGAGCAGCUACAGGAUACGUUAAUGAAGACAGAGACAGAGGUGAAAUUUCUCCGAGAGGAAUUGAAAAAGCAACAAAGGGAGACGGAGGAGGCACAGGAGGAGCUGAGGAGAACCAAUAGAGACGGGGAUUUGUCUGCACUUAGAGAGGAGCUGAGGCAGAGGGAGGAGGCCCAGGAGGAGGAAGUGAAAAAGCAACAAAAGGAGACAAAGCAGGCACUGGAGGAGCUGACAGCCCUGAAGGAGGAGGUGCAGACGAGGAGCAACAGCGACGGGGAGGAGUCUGCUCUCAGAGAGGAGGUGCAGAAGGAACAAAGGGAGGCUCAGAAAGAGCUGAUGAAGAGGAGAGAAGAUGUGACAUCUCUCAGAGAGGAGGUGAAAAAGCAACAAAGGGAGAUGAAGGAGGCACAGGAGGAGCUGACAGCCUUAAGACAGGAGGCUCAGGAGAAGAGGAGGCAGAGAGAAGAGAUACAUGAGGAGCUGACAGCGCUCAGAGAGGAGGUGCAGAAGGAGCAGAAGGAGAAAGAUCAGCUACAAGAGACCUUUAUAACGACAGAAAAUGAGAUGAUUUCUCUCAGAGAGGAGGUGAAAAAGCAACAAAGGGAGACGGAGGCGGCACAGGAGGAGCUGACAGCCCUAAAGGAGGAGCAGAGGAGGACUGACAAUGAGUUUAGGGUCAUCAGAGAGGAGGUGCAGAAGGAAAAGAAGGAGAAGGAGCAGCUACAGGAGACGUUAAUGAAGACAGAGACAGAGGUGAAAUUUCUCCGAGAGGAAGUGAGAAAGCAACAAAGGGAGACGGAGGAGGCGCAGGAGGAGCUGAGGAGAACCAAUAGAGACGGGGAUUUGUCUGCACUUAGAGAGGAGGAGCUGAGGAGGGCUGAGAAUGAGUUUAGGGUCAUCCGAGAGGAGGUGCAGAAGGAAAAGAAGGAGAAGGAGCAGCUACAGGAGACGUUAAUGAAGACAGAAUAUGAGAUAAAAUCUCUCAGAGAGGAGGUGAAAAAGCAACAAAAGGAGACGAAGCAGGCGCAGGAGGAGCUGACAGCCCUAAAGGAGGAGGUGCAGAAGGAAAAGAAGGAGAAGGAGCAGCUACAGGAGACGUUAAUGAAGACAGAGACAGAGGUGAAAUUUCUCCGAGAAGAGGUGAGAAAGCAACAACGGGAGACGAUCGAGGCGCAGGAAGAGCUGUAUGAAAGGAGAGAAGGUCUCAGAGAGGAGGCCCAGGAGGAGCAGAGGAGGAGGGAGGAGAUACAGGAGGAGCUGAGGAGGGCUGAGAAUGAGUUAACGGGCGCCAGAGAGGAGGUGCAGAAGGAAAAGAAGGAGAAGGAGCAGCUACAGGAGACGUUAAUUAAGACAGAGACGGAGGUGAAAUCUCUCAGAGAGGAAGUGAGAAAGCAACAGAGGGAGACGGAGGAGGAGCUGAGGAGGACCAAUAGAGACGGGGACUUGUCUGCACUUAGAGAGGAGGUGCAGAGGCAGAGGGAGGAGGCCCAGGAGGAGGUGCAGAAGGAAAAGGAGCAGCUACAGGAGACAUUAAUGAAGGCAGAAAAUGAGAUAAAAUCUCUCAGAGAGGAAGUGAAAAAGCAACAAAAGGAGACUAAGCAGGCACAGGAGGAGUUGACAGGCCUAAAGGAGGAGGUGCAGAGGGAGCAGACGAGGAGCAACAGCGACGGGGAGGAGUCUGCUCUCAGAGAGGAGGUGCAGAAGGAACAAAGGGAGGCUCAGAAAGAGCUGAUGAAGAGGAGAGAAGAUGUGACAUCUCUCAGAGAGGAGGUGCAGAAGGAGCAGAAGGAGAAAGAUCAGCUACAAGAGACCUUUAUAACGACAGAAAAUGAGAUGAUUUCUCUCAGAGAGGAGGCGAAAAAGGAGACGGAGGAGGCGCAGGAGGAGCUGAGGAGAACCAAUAGAGACGGGGAUUUGUCUGCACUUAGAGAGGAGCUGAGGCAAAGGGAGGAGGCCCAGGAGGAGGUGCAGAAGGAAAAGAAGGAGAAGGAGCAGCUACAGGAGACAUUAAUAAAGGCAGAAAAUGAGAUAAAAUCUCUCAGAGAGGAGGUGAAAAAGCUACAAAGGGAGAAGAAGGAGGCUCAGGAGGAGCUGACAGCCCUAAAGGAGGAGGUGCAGAGGGAGCAGACGAGGAGCAACAGCGACGCAGAGGAGUCUGCUCUCAGAGAGGAGGUGCAGAAGGAACAAAGGGAGGCUCAGAAAGAGCUGAUGAAGAGGAGAGAAGACGUGACAUCUCUCAGAGAGGAGGUGCAGGAGGAGCAGAGAGAGAAGGAGCGGCUACAGGAGACGCUAUUGCAGACAGAGACGGAGGUGGCAGCUCUCAGAGAGGAGGUGCAGAAGGAGCAGAGCAGGAAGGAGGAGGCGCAGGAGGAGCUGAGAGGAGUGCAGCGGAGCAUUGAACUGAUGGAGGUGUCUGAUGUGAGUCGCAGCAGGGAGCGAGCGAGGGAGGAGAAGCAGCAGAUGGAGGAGGAGAAGCAGCAGAUCGAGCUGAGGCUCCUCCUGCAGGAGAGCCAGGCAGAGGGGGAGCGUCUGAGGGAGGAGGCCGAGGAGAUGGAGAGAGGAGAGGUGGAGCAGCUGAGAGCCAGAGCCAAGGCCCUGGAGCAGAGGAGGAGCGAGGUGACAGAGGAGCUCCAGGAGGCGCGGCGGGCGACGGAGAAGGCUGAGGAGGGGUGGAGGAGCAGAGUAGCACAGAUGGAGGAGGAGCUGGAGGCUCUGAGAGCAGAAGUGCAGACGCUGCGGGAGAGAGAGGAGGAGAUGCAGGAGCCGGAGGAGAGCCAGGUCAAAGCCACGCGGGGAGAGGAGAUGGACGGACCAAAGAGGAGAGACCAACUGAUGGACGGCAAGAGGAAAGGAGGAGAGCAGCAGCAGCAGCAGCAGGAGGAGGAGAAGGAGGAGAAGGAGGAGGAGAUCUCCUCUCUGUUGCAGGAGAGGAAGGAGAUCCGGAGACUGUUGAGGCAAAGUGAAGCUGAGGUGUACACUCUGACUCAGAGGACAGACGAGCUGGAGAAGGACAGGGAUCGUGUCCGAUUGGCUCUGGAGAGGACCGAGGCAGCUAUGAUUGGCUACAGGCAGAGAGCCCACCAACAGGAGCAGAGCUCGGGGGCGGGGCCUAACACAGAGCAGGGUGUGGGGGGCAGACUGCUGGUGCUGCAGCGUCUGGUGGCUGAACUGGAGCUGGAACAGAAACGACUGAACAAGAAAAACUCUCAUCUAGAAAAUCAGAAAGACAAACUGAAGAGAGACAGAAACACACUGAGAGACACUCUGAGACAGGUGGAGGCGGAGCGUUCGAGGUUCAGACAGCAGCUGACUGACAGCAGCAGAUCUCAGGAGCGUGCCGCAGACACCACAGAAGAAGAACAGCGCCUGCGGAGCAGAGUGCUGGAGUUGGAGGGCCAGGUGAGUCAGCUCCGCCUCUCAUUGGCUGUGGAUCAGCGCCAGAGGGCCGACUUCAUCCAGCAGUCGUCCAGGAAUAGCCAAUGGCUGCUCUCCCUGAGACAGGACCUGGCGGAGUCGCUGGCCGCCGUCACUCGCCAGCCCGUCCCGGCCGUCCUGCAGUCCGAGACGCAGCGAUUGGACCGCAGCCUCAGGGAGGAGGAGCUCCGGCUGUCCCUCAGCCAAUCGUAACGCAGGAGAGAUUAAAAAAGCUUCCGACCAAAAUGCUGCAUUCAGGGACCAACGGGACAGUCGGGAGAGAGACUCUGGACUGAUCCAUUUAUUCAUCCCAAAUCUGACCCAUUUUCAAAACGUUUCUAUAUCAGAAAUUUGGGUUUUCAACCCCUGUGUUGUCUUCCUGUUGACCUGCAACUUUUACUCUUU